AGACUCUUACUGCUGAAGCGGAUGAAGACUUGCGAGCUGGUCUUCGCAUCGCUCGUUCGCUCGCCGUCGCACUGCGCGUGAGCUCCCGCUUGACGGAGGAGAAUGAUGGCCGCCGCCGCGGCGGCGCCGGUGAUCGCGGGGAUCGGGAAGACGAAGCUCGAUUCCGGAUGGCUCGCGGCGAGAUCGACGGAGGUGGAGCUCACCGGGGCGCAGCUCACCACGACGCACCCUCCGACCGGAGCCGAUCCCCCGUGGAUGGAGGCCGUCGUUCCCGGGACUGUUUUAGCAACCCUGGUAAAGAACAAGGCAGUUCCAGAUCCUUUUUAUGGGUUAAAUAAUGAGGCCAUUAUAGAUAUUGCUGAUUCUGGAAGGGAGCACUACACAUUUUGGUUUUUUACGACUUUCCAAUGCAAGCUGCCUGGAGCACAACACCUCGAUCUGAAUUUUCGAGCAAUUAACUACUCUGCGGAAGUAUACUUAAAUGGGAACAAAAAGGUUCUUCCAAAAGGAAUGUUCAGAAGACAUCAGCUUGAUGUUACUGACAUGCUCCAUCCUAGUGGACAAAACAUGCUAGCAGUUCUUGUUCAUCCCCCAGAUCACCCUGGAACGAUACCUCCAGAGGGAGGACAAGGUGGGGACCAUGAGAUCGGAAAGGAUGUCGCAACACAAUAUGUUCAGGGUUGGGACUGGAUUGCUCCUAUAAGGGAUCGUAAUACUGGCAUAUGGGAUGAAGUAUCAGUUUCCGUCACUGGGCCUGUAAAGUUAAUUGAUCCCCACUUGGUGUCGUCAUUUUUCGACAACUAUAAGAGAGUAUACUUGCAUUGUACGACUGAGUUGGAAAAUAGAAGUACAUGGGUUGCUGAAUGCUCUUUGAGCAUCGAAGUGACUGCAGAACUUGAGGCCAAUGUCACUUCAAUAGAGCAUCUUCGGACCGAACAUGUGUCAAUUUCACCUGGCGCUCGGACUCAACAUACCUUUACGGAGCUGUUUUUCUAUAAGCCAAAUCUAUGGUGGCCAAAUGGCAUGGGAAAGCAGUCACUUUACCAUGUUGCUGUCAGCGUUGAAGUGAAAGGAUUUGGAGAGUCUGAUGCAUGGAGACAUCUAUUUGGAUUCCGCAAAAUUGAGAGCCAUAUUGAUAGUGCAACUGGUGGAAGGUUGUUCAAGGUUAAUGGGCAGCCCAUCUUUAUUCGUGGGGGUAAUUGGAUUUUAUCAGAUGGAUUACUGCGACUUUCAGAGAAACGUUACAGGACCGACAUCAAAUUCCAUGCCGAUAUGAAUUUCAACAUGAUCCGCUGUUGGGCUGGCGGAUUAGCGGAAAGGCCAGAAUUUUACCAUUAUUGUGAUAUGUAUGGUCUUCUGGUCUGGCAAGAAUUUUGGAUUACUGGUGACGUUGAUGGUCGUGGAGUCCCAGUAUCCAAUCCGGAUGGCCCCCUGGAUCAUGACCUAUUUCUUCUGUGUGCGAGAGACACUGCCAAGCUUCUGAGGAAUCAUGCGAGUCUGGCUCUUUGGGUAGGUGGAAAUGAACAAGUUCCACCAGAUGACCUGAACACAGCUCUAAAGAAUUACCUCAAACUUCAUCCCUAUUUUGAAAAGGUGGAUGAGCAUGACAAAACUUUAGAAGAUUUGAAUAAAGAGGAGAAAGAUCCCAGCCUCUACCUCGAUGGAACACGCAUCUAUGUUCAAGGGUCCAUGUGGGAUGGGUUUGCUGAUGGCAAGGGCGGCUGGACUGAUGGCCCUUACGAGAUCCAGUAUCCUGAAAGCUUCUUUAAGGAUGACUUUUACAAUUAUGGAUUCAAUCCAGAAGUGGGUUCUGUGGGUAUGCCUGUUGCAGCUACCAUCAGAGCAACAAUGCCUCCAGAAGGAUGGCAUAUUCCAAUCUUCAAGAAACUUUCAAAUGGUUACACUGAAGAAGUUCCAAAUCCUAUGUGGGAAUACCAUAAGUACAUACCAUACUCAAAACCGGACAAGGUUCAUGAUCAAAUCGAACUCUAUGGUACCCCCAAGGAUCUUGAUGACUUCUGUUUGAAGGCUCAGCUCGUAAACUACGUACAAUAUAGAGCUUUAUUGGAAGGCUGGACUUCUCAUAUGUGGAGAAAAUUCACGGGGGUUCUCAUAUGGAAGACGCAGAAUCCUUGGACUGGUCUUAGAGGUCAAUUUUAUGAUCACCUACUUGAUCAAACGGCAGGGUUCUACGGCUGCCGUUCAGCUGCAGAGCCAAUCCAUGUUCAACUUAAUCUAGCCACCUAUUCUAUCGAGGUUGUUAAUACCACAUCAGAUGAGUUCUCUGGCGUAGCAAUAGAAGCAUCGGUAUGGGAUUUGGAGGGAGCAUGUCCAUACUACAAGGUCUUUGACAAACUUUCAGUGCCACCCAAGAAGACUGUUUCCAUUGUUGAGAUGAAAUAUCCCAAGUCGCAAAGUCCGAAGCCUGUCUACUUCCUUCUCCUUAAACUCUACCAUAUGUCCGAUCUUGGUAUCAUAUCUAGGAACUUUUACUGGUUACAUGUGUCCGGUGGUAACUACAAGCUGUUGGAAGCAUACAGGAAGAAGAAAGUACCUCUCAGGAUCACAUCUAUGGCUUAUGUCAGAGGUUCCACAUACGAAAUUGACAUGCUUGUGCAAAACACAUCUAAAAAGUCAGACUCUCAAAAUUUAACACACGGGAAUGUUUUCAGUACAAGGCAUAGUGGGGGAGACAUUGACUUGGCCUCUAUGGAUUCUGACCACCCUGCUAAGGAGGUAAAAUGUCGAUCCAGUUUACUCCAGAGUGUGGGCAAAUGCUUUUCGAAGGAAGCUAAUAGUCCGAACGUCGCCAUUAUAAAUGGGACCGACGUUGGAGUUGCUUUCUUCCUUCAUUUCUCUGUUCAUGCUAUGAAGGCAGACCGCAAGGAAGGAGAAGACACGAGAAUCCUUCCUGUUCAUUACUCGGAUAAUUACUUCUCUUUAGUGCCGGGCGAAAUUAUGACCAUCAAAAUCUCUUUUGAAGUUCCACGGGGUGUUACUCCUCGAGUCACGCUCAACGGCUGGAAUUACCAUGGUGGGCACACAGUCCUCUGAGGUGAGAAAUGGUCAAAGUCUCGUCUGUUCUUACAAUUCUACAGACAAUUCUGCGAUAGGAACGUGCUUUUCGGAUCGAUGUCUCCGUCCUUAAAUCCUUGUCCUGGCUGCAUUUAAUUCGCGGCAUCAGCUUCUUUGGUUAAAUCUUCAUUAGCAGUUUCUCCCCGUCCGACUGGCAAUAAAGCAGCAUCACUGGGGAGGGAAUCCAGCAUUUUCGCUUCUUUGCACUGUCGGAGUAUCUUGUGGGAUGCCGCCAGAUGCUCUAACCAUAUCAAACAAAUCUGUCUUGAAUCGUUAACAGUGUCAAUUGUCGAAGCAAAUGUAUUUAUGAACAUGUGUGUUUUCUC